AUGAGCACACCACAGAACAAUCUCCGUAAUCCACUACCACUAGCCCCAGCUCAAGAAGCUGAGGUGCGAAGAAUGUACUACGCACGUGUCCGGACGAAAUGUGCAGAUGAUAUCAAGCAAUUCGCCGACUGUGCACGAGGUCGAACACUCAGCGUAGUAUGGAAUUGUCGAGCCGAGUAUCGGGCCAUGAAUAGCUGUAUGAUGCUGAACGCCACGAAAGAGGAGGAGGAUGCUGCUCGCGAAGACUGGUUUGCAGGCGUGCUUGAGCGGCGGCGUAAGAAGGAGGAAGAACAUGUUGCCGUGGAGAAGAGGAGAGUGGAAGUCAUUGAGAUGACGAGGAAGCAGGAAGAGAAAGAACGUGUCGAAGCGGAGAAGAAGCUAGCUGGGCAGCAAAAGGAGAAGGAGGUGAAGAAGUCGGGCGGAUCUUGGUGGCGGUGA